AAACUGCAAAACAAAUACAAUAAAAGAUAUCUUUAAAUCAUUUAUUGUGAACCAGGUUAAAAGUUGAGCAAUCUGAAACCUGAUAUAUGAUAACCAUACGGCGAUCACUACCAGAUAUAAUUAAAGCUGGAAUUCAAUUAUUCAGAUAAUAUGGCAUCAGAUGAAAUACUAAUAAUUGCGGAUGUGGGGUAUGGAAAUUCAGCCGGGACAAUGUGUGGGAUAGAUGCUGCUUGAGAUUGAGGAAGAUAUAUUUAGAUUAAGUAUCUAUUGUAAAUCAACUAAUCCUACUAAAGACAGACUAAAGUCUACAUUGCAUUGUUUUUGACUGCUAUUUUUGGAUUCUCUUCUUUGCACUGGCAGAAUUAGGCUGAAGUUAAAGAGGAUGGAGUUGAAAGGACUUUACACCGUAACACUAGCACUGGUGCACAUAGUAUUGGGAGUUGCUGUACAGACAAAAUGCAAGUGUGGCAAACCACCUCCAAUCAAACAGGGAAGCAUAAAACUAUCAGAUGGGAAUAACUGUCGGUCAAUCGCAACAUAUACUUGCAAGAACAGUGAAAGACGACCAAUACCACGCCGAACUUUGAAGUGCAGAACCAAUGGUCAAUGGCACACAGGCGACAUCAAAGUAGUGAAGUGCAAGAAACAAAAACAAAAAAAGCAACCUACUAUCCCUGAUAAUGCUGUUAAACCCCAACAAACUGCCAUAGACCCACCUCGUGAGUCUCUUCCUAAUGAGAAGAUGUCUGAUACUGUUCAAGGUUUUUUUGGGAGGGAUUGUGAGAAAGGCUGUAAAAUACCGGUGACACCAAGGAAUGGGCGAAUAGUGAGCACAACAAAUCUAGCGGAACCUGAAAACAGACUUUGCGCAGAUGUUGUUUUCUUUCAAUGUCGUGAAAAUUAUAGGCUACACCCAAUUAAUGGUUCUUCAAUAAAAUGUGAUGACAGUGAGACUAACAGAUGGUCAGAUUAUCCACCAUUAUGUAUACCUGAAAGCUGUGCCUCCAAACAACACAUGUGUCAACAUGGUGGAAAAUGCAUUAUUGAUGGGGAAGGAAGUUUUUACCACUGUAUGUGCCCCAUAGGUACAAGAGGGGAUUUCUGUGAAUUUGGAGCCCCAUCAGACAAUCCAUGUGACGGCUAUAAAUGUGUUAAGGGAGUGUGCAAAAUUGACAGAAAUGGAGAAGCAUAUUGUAAAUGUACCAAUGAACAUGCAGGUUCUGUAUGCCCACUAUCUAGAAUAUUAAAUGCACUUUCCACAGACACUGAUCCAGGAAAAUAACACAUGAACUAAAUCCAAAUAGGAAUCAACAUGAAAAUGAUUUUUGAGAUUAAUGAUGUAUGAGCAUAUACAUCAUGUAUUCCCGGUGCUUUAAAAGAACUUCAUACAAAAAAUGCUGAACACUGAAGACUAUACCGUGAUGGAUGACUUGUGGAGAACACAAACAUAAGGAUUACAAAUAAGAAAACCAAACUGUUUAAUCCAAUUGCAAAAAAAAGAAUAAAAAAAAAAUGUUUUAACAUUAUGUUCAGAAUAUGUUAAAGGCUACACACAUUGUAAUAAACACACACAUUGUAAUAAACAAUAGAAUAAUGAUGUUUUAUUGGGUUGUGACUGGAGCAAUGAAUGCAGCCUGAAUCAAAUUGUGGUAUUUACCUCUGUGAACAGAACAAAUGGAAGCUGGGAAUAGUGGAUUAGCCAUCCACAAGAUCAAAAAUCUGUAAUGAAAAAUCUAGUACAUUCAUAACAUAAUGCAACUUGACUACAAGAUUCUUCAUGUUGAGUGCAACAUCAUUAAUUUAGUGCAAUUCAGGUUUCAUAAACAAUUCAUGAUUUCCUAUACAAUAUGUAUAAUAAUUUACAAAUGUUCUCUAAAUUAGGCUUUGUAUAAAAAAAACUCCUACCUCAUACCCACCUAC